CUCUCCAGCCUCCUCAGUGAAUUCAGCUCAACAACUCAAUACCCCUCUGCUCUGUUCAGGUUUUUCCCUCUUUGCUUCGAGUCCGUUUUCCGUUUUUUACCCUGAUAAUCGAUUCCAUGGCUACCGCGCUGGCUACAACUGCGACCGCACAGCCGAACUUCUAUUUCGACGAGAAGUGGAAGCUGUCGAAGAAGGAAGGUUCGUCUCGGAGUCGAUCUUCAAAUUCACCGCUCAUGAAGAAUUCGUCGCAGCGGCGGUGUUCUUUCACCAGAAAAUGCGCGCGAUUGGUUAAAGAACAAAGAGCUCGAUUCUACAUCAUGCGCCGCUGCGUCGCCAUGCUCAUCUGCUGGCGCGACUACAGCGAUUCUUGAAUCAAGAAAAGAGGAAUCAGAAAGUUAGAUCUAAGAGAGUAAAAAGCCUUUCUCCUCUCUCUCUCUCUUUCUUUCGAGAAUCGAGAUGAUUUUGCCUUUAGGCCUUUUUUUUUUUGGUUCUUGGCAUCCGAACAGGGUGGUGAGUGAGAUUUUUACCUGUACAUAAAGCUUAAUUAGUUCUUUUUUAAGCGCUUGAAUAUUUUCCUACUGCUUGUUCGGCAGAAUGUAUCUUAGAAAUAGUGAGAUUAAUAUAAUAGAGAGAAUUCA